CUUGUAACAAACAACAGAUUACUUUGUCACUUCAAAAGUAUACCUGCACAGGUUACCUUUGAAGUACCUCUUGAUACUUGUGAAGAGGAGGAAGAGAUUCAGGGUAGUGACCACUCUUAUGCCAAAAGACAAUGUUUUAGAACUAGCAUGACUGAGGACAGUAGCUGCCAGACAGAAUUCAGCAGAGAUAAAGAGGCUGCGGCGGAUAGUGAUAAAGAAAAAGCAGAGCUGAUACUAAGACUGGAAAAAAGUCAGAAACAUAUUGAAUUAUUAGAACAGCGCAUUGCUUUGAGCCAGCCAAAAAUUUGUGCACAAGACAUCCUCAAUGAAUCAAGCGUUCAAUUUUGGACUGGUCUUCCCAGUGUGGCAGUAUUUAAUGCCCUUUUCACCUACCUGGAGCCUAAAGCUAAGCAUCUGAAUAUCACUGGUCGGGGCACAGGAAAGUAUCAGUCAGCUUGGAAACUUGAUUUGAUUGAUGAGUUUUUUGCAGUUCUUGUCAGGUUAAAGGUUGGCUUGUUUGUUAGGGAUAUAUCCCAAAGAUUGUGUAUUUCUGAAGGUUUUUUUUCCAAAAUUUUUGAUGUCUGGAUUAGAUUUUUAAGAAAAGAACUGGAGGCAAUUACAAGAUUUCCUAGUGUUGAAGAGGUCAGACCACACCUGCCUGCCUGUUUUUCAGAUUACCCUGAUACCAGAGUUGUCAUCGAUUGCACAGAAGUGUAUGUUCAGAAACCCUCAUCACUUAAAUCUCAGAGGGAAUUGUGGUCCAAUUACAAACACCACAACACAUACAAGGGCCUCGUUGGAAUAUCCCCUGAUGGUACUUUGUCAUAUGUGUCAGAUCUGUAUGGUGGUUCGGCAUCGGAUAAGUUUAUCACAAAGGACUGUGGGAUUCUUGAGCUACUCCAGGAGGGAGACAAUGUCAUGGCGGACAGAGGUUUUGACAUAUCAGACCUUUUGGUGGGAAAAGGUGUAACUCUAAACAUUCCUCCUUUCAUAAACAGAAAUGAAACCCAACUGUCAGCCCAACAGGUAGAGGAAACGCGUAGAAUUGCCUCUGUGAGAAUUCAUGUUGAAAGGGCCAUUCAGAGAAUCAAGACAUUUCAUAUUCUUGACGGAGUGGUGCCCUUAUCACUGCACAGCUUGAUUUCAGACAUUUUUAAAGUGUGUGCUUAUUUAACUAACUUCCAAACACCAAUAUUGUAACAGUUGGUGUCAUUUAGGGGUUAUUAAUGUGCCUAAACUUUCAUGAAAAUUUAGUUUAUGAGUGACUUUCAAAAGGCUUCACCAUUAUUAUUAUUAUUGAUAAUCAUACUUAAAUAUCCAAUGCCUUGAGAAUGUCAUAAAACAAUGCGGUGUAAAGAAUGGCGACUUAAUCAGCCAAAUUUCAAACAUUUUUUCAGUUUCUCCUUAGUGCACAUCUUUGUCAGUUCAGAUGGCUGUGAUAAUUAUAUUGAAGAAGCUAAGCACAGCAAAUUUACUUUCUUUCAUCGGUUUAUUUAGAAAAGUAAAACUGUGUACAAAAAUAUUAUCACAAAGAUAUUUGAUUUGUUCUCUGCCAAGUUGUUGUAUGUCCAAGUUUGCAAAU